UAGAAAUUUUGACAAUUGUAUAAGAUUGUUGUUGUUUUAAUUAAUUUUAUUUUUAGUUUUUAAUGUAAUAGAAAAAGUUUUGUUUUCCUACUACAUAUUACAAUAAACAUUAAAUUAUAGUAUAAAAUUUUGUAAAUUCCAUUAUUGUUAUGCAAUAAAAACAUCAGUGCCUUAUUUAUGAACAACAAUUAAUGUGCCUUGAAAAGUAUGCUGCGCCAGCAUAAAAAAAUCUAUUAUAAACAAUAAAAAUAAAAUCGAAUCGAUCAUAAAAAUACCUUAAAAUCCCCCGGGAAUGUUUAAGCGAGUGUGUUUAAAAUAAACACAAGCACAAGUCUCGAUGAAAAUGAGCCCAUUUCGUAGCAAAAAACCACGGGUUUUCCCUGUUAAGGUCAUCACCUUUGAUUCGGAACUAGAAUUCGAAUUAGAACAGAGGGCCAGUGGUCAAGACCUAUUCGAUUUGGUAUGUCGUACGAUCGGUUUGCGAGAAUAUUGGUAUUUCGGUCUACAAUAUGUCGACACACGCUGUAAUGUUACCUGGCUAAAAAUGGAUAAAAAAGUCAAAGAUCAACGCAUUCAAUUGCAACCAAAUGGCUUUUAUGUUUUCAGUUUCUAUGCGAAAUAUUUUCCAGAGAAUGUCAGCGAAGAACUGAUACAAGAGAUAACACAACAUUUAUUCUUUUUACAAGUAAAACAAAGCAUACUCUCCAUGGAUAUUUAUUGUCGUCCAGAAGCUUCUGUUCUGCUGGCAUCGUAUGCUGUCCACGUACAAUAUGGUCCAUAUGAUUCGGAAACAUACAAGGACGGCAUGUUACAGGGUGUGGAUUUAUUACCAAAGGGCGUUACGGAUCAGUAUCAAAUGACACCAAAAAUGUGGGAGGAACGUAUAAAAACCUGGUAUAUGGAUCAUGAACCAAUGACACGAGAUGAAGUUGAAAUGGAAUACUUGAAAAUUGCACAAGACCUAGAUAUGUACGGUGUCAAUUACUUCCCCAUUACUAAUAAAAAUAAAACUAAGCUUUGGCUCGGUGUCACUGCAGUAGGACUCAAUAUUUACGAUUAUCACAAUAAAUUAACACCGAAAACGACAUUUCAGUGGAAUGAAAUACGACAUGUGAGCUUUGAUGAUAAGAAAUUUACCAUACGAUUAGUGGAUGCAAAAGUAUCCAGUUUUAUAUUUUAUUCACAAGAUUUACACAUAAAUAAAAUGAUACUGGAUCUUUGCAAAGGCAAUCAUGAUUUGUACAUGAGACGUCGUAAGCCUGACACAAUGGAAAUACAACAAAUGAAAGCUCAAGCCAAGGAAGAGAAACAGCGGAGACAAAUUGAACGUACAAAGUUUUUGCGAGAGAAAAAAUUACGAGAAAAAGCUGAACAGGAUCGUUAUGAACUGGAAAGUCGUUUGGAACGUCUUCAAGAUGAUAUGCGCAUGGCUAGUGAUGCUUUGCGCCGUUCCGAAGAAACUAAAGAAUUGUACUUCGAAAAAAGUCGUGUCAAUGAAGAGCAAAUGCAAUUGACUGAAUGCAAGGCGAAUCAUUUCAAGAGUGAAAUGGAUCGCUUGCGUGAACGCCAAAUGAAAAUUGAGCGUGAAAAAAUGGAGCUUGAAAAGAAAAUUCGAGAUGCAGACUUCUACGUACAUCAGCUCACAGUGGAAAAGGAUAAACGUGAAGCUGAAGCAGAAAAACUUAAAAAAGAACUUAUUUGUGCCAAACUAGCAGAACGAGAAGCCACGGCUCGUCUAUUAAAUUUCCUAAAUCGUGGCCGUAAAAAUUCACAGGACAGUAUGCUGCCACCAAACAUAACCGUCAAUUCGUCGUCGAGUUCCAGUAACAAUAUUGCCGCCUCUGUCAGCACUCCUUCGCUGACAAAUAGUAAUUCUACUGCCGAUAUUAAUGAAUCAGUUGGUGGUGUUGAAUUGACCACAAACGAUUUAAAUAAUCUGAAUCAGGGAGGAGGUGGCGAUUUAGGUGUAGGAGUAGUUGUAAAUGAAGUUGCAGACGAUGACUCGGAAAAUGACGAUUUCGAAACAAAAGAAUUCAUUUUAACCGACAGCGAAAUGGAACAAAUCACAAACGAAAUCGAACGAAGUCGUCUAGAGUAUUUGAAAAAACACAAACAAGUGCAGAAUCAAUUACAAACGUUGAGAUCUGAAAUUGAACUUUUAAAGAUCGAGGAAAACCAAACAAAUCUUGAUAUUUUAAGUGAGGCACAAUUGAAGGCCGGAGAAACGAAAUAUUCCACAUUGAAGAAGUUAAAAUCUGGCUCAACUAAAGCCCGCGUUGCUUUCUUCGAGGAAUUGUAAAUUAUUGGUUUCGUAAGUGCUUUUUUAUAAUCAUAUGCAUAUCGAAUGUAAAAGGAGGAGCUGGUGCUCUUUUUCAAACUAUUAAAAAUCACACACAAAUGUAUACCAUAAUUUAAGCCUGUGUUGCAUCACAAAAAUUAAUAUUACAUAGUACAUAGGGAGUACAUACAUAUAAACAAAAUUUUGUUUAUUAUAAAUUUAAAUGAUAUUUAUAGAGAUUAAGGAUAACCAAAAUAAAAUCUACAGCAAAUUAAGUUAAUUUUAAAAA